AUGCUUCUUGCAAGAUCAAUAUUCAAUUUGGUUUCAAAAAUGUACAUAAUACCUUGUAGAUAUUAUCAGGUUGCCAUUGUUGGUAGUGGGAGUGAGAUUGGUCAAACCACAGCAUUACUACUACGAACUAACCCGUCUAUUACUAAGUUAGUUUUACACGACUAUCUCGACCACAUGCCUGGAAUAGUAUUGGAUUUAUCACAUAUUCCUUCAAAUUCAAUGAUAAAAGGUUAUACUGGAAAAGAAACUUUAGAAGAAGCUUUGCAAGGCUCCAGUUUAGUUAUUGCUGCUGGCGAUGAUCCUCAAAACACAGGUUGGAUAACGAAAUCGACAUUGUCACAAAAUGCUGAUUUUAUAAAAAAUAUUGCGAUUUCAGUAGCCAAAAUAAGUCCGUUACCAUUCUUAGGAAUAGUAACGGAGCCCCUUAAUACACUUGUGCCGAUGGCCGCAGAGGUAAUGAGGAAUCAAGGUUGCACCGAUCUGACCAAGUUAUUGGGCAUUUCCACAAUUGAUACACUGAAAGCGCAAGCUUUAUAUGCUGCAGAGAAUGAAUUUAACCCUAGCGAAUGUUUUGUACCAGUGAUAGGUGGUCACUCUAAAGAAACCAUGGUACCGUUAAUAUCUCAAGCAAAUCCUAAAAGUAAGCUUUCGGAAGAAAAACAUCGAGAGCUCAUAGCGAAACUUCGUACUUAUAACAUCUCUGAUAUAGCUAAAAGAACAUAUGCUCCCACAUUGUCAGUUGCAUUUAGCGUUUCCAUAUUCACUCAAAAUAUACUAGAAGCGCUAAAUGGCCACACAAGUCACACUAACGCUUUUGUCGAAAAUAAUGAUUUUGGGACUUCAUUCAUAUCAGGACUUUUCGAUGUUGACAAGAAUGGUGUUGGUGAAAUGAAAAAGUAUACUGAUUUAUCUAAAUAUGAGUAUGUUUUACUACAACAAAGCAUCGAACAGCUACGAAAAGACGUUGCAAUUGGAAAGGACAUAUUAGAAUUAGCUUAG